AUGCCAACUCCCAAUCCAAUUUUAGAAAAUUUACAAAAUCGAGUAGUCCAAGAACUACCCAUCAAAUCCAUUUAUGCUGACAAUGACUUUGCCAUUUUUGACAAAGGAGCCUCCGAGUUCUAUGGCUCCGAAGAUGAAUUUAUUACCGACCAACCCCUCGAAAGAGUCAACAAAAAGAUGAAACAAGCCCUCCAAGGCCCUCAACAUCAGGCUCUAUUAAUUGACCGUUUAAUCGAUAGCAUGAAAACCAAGGCUAUCACUACUUUAAACAAAAAGAUAGCUGAUGCUGCCAAAAUCGACAGUUUAGAUAAAGCCAUUGCCAUUUUAAAAUUAAUCAAAGCAGCCUAUAACGGCAUGGAUGAAAUUAGCACCAAAUAUAAUAAAGAUGACCUGGAAAUCUACUUCUUAUGUGAUGUAGUGAGAGAUAGUGAAUUAAAUCCCCAUAAGAUUUUUAAAGCCGUUAUUCCCAAGAAAUUAGGAAACAAUGUUAAGGCCACUAUCCACGAUGAAAAGUCGGUGGUUUACCGAAUUAUCAACCCCGAGGAGAUACAGCAUGAAAAGACUUUGGGAGGAGGAAUGGAAAA